GGAACUCAAAACGACCCGAGCCCCGGAGCCGCAGCCCCUCGGGACGGUCACGAGCAGAGCUUCCAAGGGGACCGCUGGGGACUGGGCGGGGGCUCUGCUUCUCACCUGUUCCUUCUCUAUCCACUGAGCCCUGACACGUAGGACCAGCGCUACUAACAGACUUGUUUUCCGGUUCAGCUCCCCUUAGGGCUCCUGUUGGAAACCGGGCCUAUCUGGGGAGCAUGUCUGGGCCACUCCCACUGUCGGAGAACUCUCCUGGGGCGGGGAGAUGGCCCAGGUUUGCGGGGCUUGAAAGCUUACACAGUGUUGUGCCUUUUCAAGAAAAAGGAUACAGCCGGGCGCGGUGGCUCACGCCUGUAAUCCCAGCACUUUGGGUGGCCGAGGGGUUAAAAGGAUUUAUUGGCUUCACUGCCCACAGACUUCUGGUGCCUCAUGUCACAGCACACAUUCUUAUUGUGACAGAUCUCUGACCUUUCAGUCUCUGAUGUCAGUGUGGAAUCUAUAUGACCCUGGGAGGGAUGUUGGUUGGAAGAAUGACCAGCUGAUGGAGAUGCUGCUGUAAUUAUUGGUGGUAAUAAUGGGCAGCAGUGAGCCACCCGGUGUGACAGUGUAGGAGAAAACAGUCCAAACUCCUGCCAAACUCUCUCUACUGAUGGCAAAUCAGAGGAGACUCAAAUUGUGUAUGAAAAAUAAUUUCAAGUUUAACAAAUACAAGGAAACCGCAGGGUCCAUGUCAAAGUUGAUGAGCUAUUUCUGAAACUCGUGCAGAAUUGUGGUUUGUGUGGUCUAUGUCACGGCACCCUUGAGGGAGAGUGGGCAAUUGCCUGAACUUGGAGGCUGUGUCCUGUCCCCAGGCUGCUCCAGGGCUGCCUCCUUCCGACUGGGCCUUCUUAUCUGGGACUGUUGAGGGCAACAGGCCUUCCGAAGACCAGUGAAGAAGGAGGCCCUGCAGACAGGAGGCUGACAGGGUAGGAACGAGGCCAUGAUCCCUUUGAAGAAGGACAACCAGGAGGAGGGUGUCUGCCCCAUCUGCCAGGAGAGCCUGAAGGAGGCCGUGAGCACCAACUGCGGACAUCUCUUCUGUCGAGUGUGCCUGACACAGCAUGUGGAGAAGGCCUCAGCCUCUGGGGUCUUCUGCUGCCCCCUCUGCCGGAAGCCCUGUUCCGAGGAGGUGCUAGGGACAGGCUAUAUCUGCCCCAACCACCAGAAGAGGGUGUGCAGGUUCUGUGAGGAGAGCAGACUUCUUCUAUGUGUGGAAUGCCUGGUGUCCCCUGAACACAUGUCUCAUCAUGAACUGACCAUUGAAAAUGCCCUCAGCCACUACAAGGAACGACUCAAUCGCCGGAGCAGGAAGCUCAGAAAGGACAUUGCAGAACUUCAGCGGCUCAAGGCUCAGCAGGAGAAGAAACUGCAGGCUCUGCAGUUUCAGGUAGACCAUGGGAACCACAGGCUGGAGGCUGGGCUGGAGAGCCAGCACCAAACCAGGGAACAGCUGGGUGCCCUCCCUCAGCAGUGGCUGGGCCAGCUGGAGCACAUGCCAGCAGAAGCGGCCAGAAUCCUUGACAUCUCCAGGGCAGUAACACAGCUCAGCAGCCUGGUCAUUGAUCUGGAGAGGACGGCCAAGGAAUUAGACACCAACACACUGAAGAAUGCUGGUGACUUACUGAACAGGAGUGCUCCACAGAAAUUAGAGGUUAUUUAUCCCCAGUUGGAGAAAGGAGUCAGUGAAUUGCUUCUUCAGCCCCCUCAGAAGCUCUGACCUGUUCAUCCCUGGGACACCUCACUUCAGGCUCACCUCAGCCUCCUCUCUCUCCUUCCUCCAACCUGUCCAGGCCCCCACUGGGUCUACCCAGUGCAUCUUCGGGCCUGCCAGCUCCUGAACAUGUCACCAUUUCUUCAUGUCCACAGUCAUCACCUGAUGCCUGACCGUCUGACUCUUGGAUGAUAGCCAGCCUCCUUCCAGGACAGGCUCAUGCUUGGGGCUGCCACUGUGGAGGUCGGGGCCCAUGGUCUCCAGGAGCAUUUGUGAAAUCUCCAUUUUGCCUGUAAACUGAUGGUAGUGCCCAUCUCUCACAAUCUCAUUCAAAUAGGAACCUCCAGGCCUCUGAAUGGCCCGAGCUCAUCAGCAGUGACACCACCUCACAUGUGGAGCCCAACUGAGUUCCUGCGGUACUUGUUGUCUGUACCACUCACCUGGCACUUAUUUAUUAUUGUUGUGGAAGACAGACUCAAAGACAGCCUCCCUUCGUGAUCCUCACCUCUUGGAAUUCAUGCCCUUGUUUGGUCCCCUCCCCUUGAGUGUAAGUGGGAUCUGUGACUUGCUUCUAAUCAAUGGAAUAAGGCAAAGGUGAUAGGGUGUCACUCUGGCAACUGUGUUGCAUUGUAUAGAACUCCUCCUUGCUGGCCCACCCUUUUAGAGCCCCUCCUAGGAGCCAAGAGCAGCUUCCAACCAACAACAAGCAGAGGCCCUCAGUCUUGUGGCUGCAAGAACCUGAAUUCUGCCAACAACCUGAGUGAGCUUGGAAGCAGAUUCUUCCCCAACUGAGCCGGAUAAGAACCUAGUCCAGCCAACACCUUGAUUAUAGUCUUGUGAGUACCUAAGCUGAGGACCCAGUGAAGCUGUGCCAAAAUUUCCCACCCACAGAAACGGUGUGACAAUAAAUGUGUGUGUGUUUUUUUGUUUUUUGUUUUCGUUUUUGAGAUGGAGUCUCACUCUGUUGCCCAGGCUGGAGUGCGGUGGUGUGAUGUCGGCUCACUGUAACCUCUGUCUCCUAGGUUCAAGCAAUUCUCCUGCCUCAGCCUCCCUAAUAGCUGGGAUUAUAGGCGCCCGCCACCACACCCAGCUAAUUUUUUGUGUUUUUAGUAGAGACAGGGUUUAACCAUGUUGGCCAGGCUGGCCUUGAACUUCUGACCUCAGGUGAUCAGCCCACCUUGGCCUCCCAAAAUGCUGGGAUUACAGGUGUGAGCCACCGUGCCUGGCCAUGGUUGUUUUAAGGCAGUAAAUUUGUGGUAAUUUUUGUGGAGUAAUGGAUAAUGAAUACAAUUGUAUAUUAGUCAUUUUUGUAUAAGCCUUACUUCAUUGGGUGAGCAGGGAUCAUACUCUGUCUGUGUCCUCAUGUCUAGAACAGUGUCUGGCUCAUAGCUGGUGUCAAAUAAAAUUUUAAAUGUA